AUGAGCAAGCGAGGCCGCACUACUGGUCUGGUGGCACGAACCACCGUGGUGGACUCUGCAUUGCUUGAGUUCACAGUAAACUACGAGCAAACCAAGCACUUAGCCAUCGGCAAGUCCGUCCACUCCGACUACAUCUCCGCCGGUGGGCACGACUGGAAGAUACAUUGCUACCCGCGUGGGUGGGUGAAGGCCAACAAUGGCAAGUAUCUCUCUAUCUACCUCUACUGCAGGGAACCCGUAACUACUGUCAGGGCCAUAUUCAAGGCCAAUGUGAUGGGCAGGCAUGGCAAACCAUCUCCGAUAGCAGCAACGUCAUCAGUUUUUGUGUAUAGUAGCAAGGACGACAUACUAUGGCAUGGGUGGUCUAGGUUCGUCAAGCGAGUAGAUUUGGAGGCAAAAUGUGUGAUUGAAGGCCGAGUCACAUUCCUCUGCCACAUCUUGGUUAUGCGUGACGACCCAAUCCCCGUGCCACCCCCAAAAAUAGGAAGUCAUCUUAACAGCCUAAUCAAUGGAAUGGACAUGGACGGGACAGAUGUGUCAUUCACCACCAAUGGUGAGACAUUCCAUGCGCAUCGAGCAGUGCUUGCUGCCCGUUCUCCGGUUUUCAGAGCCAAGUUCUUCGGCCCGGAGGCUGGGGCCACAUCUUCAAACAUCGUCUUGGACGACAUCGAGCCCGCGACGUUCAAAGUUUUGCUUAAGUUCAUGUACACCGAUGCCUUGCCUGGAGAUGACAGGGUUGGGCGCUCUCCACCGAUUGAGACGUUUCAUCAUCUGCUUGCCGCGGCGGACAAGUACGCACUGCAUAGGUUGAAGCUUAUCUGCGCCCGAAAGUUAGGGGAGAAUGUGUCACUAGAUUCCAUUGCAACUACUCUAGAUUUGGCAGAGACGAACAGCUGCCUGGAGUUGAAGACAAAGUGCAUUGACUUAUUAGCAGCUGACAAAGAUUUCAACAAGGUUGUGUUAACUGAAAGUUUUGUGCUCUUGGGCCAAAAAUUUCCGGCGCUUAUUGCUGAGUUGAGAGAGAGGGUUGAGGCAUAA